CCAAACAAAAGCGACCGUCACCUUAAGACCUAACCUCAUCAGCAGGGCAGCCGAAAUUUGCCACAGCAAAGUUCGGCCCUAACUAGUUUCGUCUCGCUAACUUGUCAGCCUCGUUGUAACCGCGUUUCCCCUAACACCACAAUAUGGGCAGAUGGACAGCCGAAUAUUAUGACGAAGUGUUCAGUGCAAAAAUGAGGAGCUUGGUCUCCGGAGCAAUCAAGCGCCAUAGGCUUGAGAAAACUGAACCCACGAUAAGCUAUGAGCAUUUUGUAGAGGACUUGGACGGUGGUGACUCGUUUACCACUUCGUUGAUUGAGAUUCUGGUCAAGGAAGUAGCAGACCGACACCAUCGCCAGAAUGCCACUGACCGUGGUCUUAUUGGAGAUCGCACCGCUAGAGCGCUGAAGAGGUUAUCUAAUCCAACCACUACCUACAGGGAACUGGACCUUUCAGACUACUUGUCGCGACCUCCGGAUGAACUCGAGAUGGACGAAGAGGCCGAUGAGCUUGAGUCACUAGAGCAGUAUGGCCUCGUGCCACUCGAGGGCACACGCACGAACACUGAGUUGUAUGAGGCAUACCGGCAUCGUCCACAGCCGAAUGCUUCAACAACAGCCUACCACGCGUUCUCUCCUGCUUUUUACAGCGUACCUGCACCGCCUCCGGCUCCUGCGCCAGACUCCCCCAGUGAUAGGGUACUUCCUCCUCUACUUGAUUCACCCCCUGCUCCACGGCUCGGUGGCUUGACACUUCCAUCAGCGAGUGGCCUGCUCCAUACCUCACUGAGUCGACAGCCCUCCAUUCGCCGUCCUGUCAGAAGCAGGACAGCAGAUUUCAGUGACUUCAGCGCACGGCGUCGAAAUUCUUCACGACAUCUAGCUGAUGAAGAGGGCCCAUCGAGAUUCGAUUCGUCUAGCGCAUUCCCUGGAUUCCGACCCCCUUCAUCUGGACCGCCGGGCCAAGCCAGGCGGUUUUUCCCUUUCCGCUCACGACGCUUCGAAGUCAUUCCCACACCUCGACCUGUCCCCAGCACGGGUGAAGACUGGCUCUUCCCACCAGCCCCGUGGUCAUCAUCCCCAUCAGACCGCACUGCGUCCUUGGCACCCGAUAGCCAAGUUGGUGAAGAGCGCUCCCAGGCGCCUCGGCUCCGGCGAGGCGGCCUUAGAGCACCAGAAUCUAUGCUCUCACGACACAUUUCGCCGGCCACCAAUGCGGAGCUGGCACUGAGGGUAUCAGAGGAUAUGGCUGCUAUUGAGAGCGCGGAAGCCGAACGUCCAGAGCAGACACGAUCUGUAUCGGAAGAGAUAUUACAAUCUAUUGGUGGACCAUAG